CUUUUCUGCUUCCUUUUGGUACACCACAAGCCCCCAGCCCCCACUUUCUCCUCUACCAAUUGGCUCUAUUCUCCCUACCCAUCUUGUCCCACGAGAAUCAAUCCCGCACUCCUUCGAAUGUCCUCUCGUGCUAUCCGCAAGCUGCAGAAGCAGCGCGAACAACAAAUACAAGCCGAGCAGGAGAAUGACGGAUCCAGUGACGAUGAGCUGGUCUCGCGACCCGCAAAGCCGAAACUCAACGCCUUCGACCUUCUGAAUUCCUUUGGCGACGGUGAUGAUGAGGAAGAUGAUGAUGAUGAUGACGACGCCCACGCCGACGAACAGUCCGAGAAAGAAGUUGAGGUGUCGGAGCCGGUGACUCAGCCCGCGCAAGAAGCGAAGGAGGAUGAGGAAGAAGAUGAAGAGCAAGAGGAAAGGGAAGCUGCCAGAACCGUGAAGCCCGCAGGGUCAGGGAAGAAGAAUAAGAAGAAGAACAAGAACAAGAAAAAGAAGGCGACCGCCGCCGCCAACGCCUUCACCACCACCACCACCACCACCGCCACGACCGCCAAAGCAAGGAAAUCAGCCGGCGCAGUCACGACAGGCGAAGAUGAGAUCGACCGCGCGCUCAAGGCACUAGCUGUCGACCCCAAACACCCCACAGCGGGCGGGGAUGGCUGGGGCCGUGAUACUUCGUUUGCGAAAACACCGGAGGAUCUACUGGGCAUCGAUCCACGGAAUCUCAAUGCGACGAACGAGAUGCGCAAGUUGUUUGGGAAUGUGGUGCUGGAGAACUUUGAUCAGGAUACUACUGGGCCGGGUGGGCGUCGGAGGGAUCGCGGACCAGAGACGCUGGACCUGGGACAGGCCCUGACGGGCAGGUAUAGCCCCGCGAGCAGGGGCCAGAGUCUGGCUGGCGUGACGCUGCGGCGCAAUGUCCUCAUGCAAGGCAAGGAUGAAUGGCCCCGGGCGCCCAGCGGAGGGCUGGGUAUGGAGCUGGUCGAGAAACGCGCGGACGGCAAUACACUCUACAAGAUCCUCCACAAUGCUGCGUACACCGAUGUGCAGAGGCAGUUUGAGAUCUGCGUGGAGUCGAUGGAUCCCCAGCGCAUGAUCCACCUCUUACAGUACAACCCCUACCACAUCUCCACCCUGCUCCAGGUGUCGGAGAUCGCUAAGCACCAAGGUGAUCACGCCGUCUCCGCGGAUCUGCUUGAGCGGGCGCUUUUCAAUAUCGGGCGCUCGGCUCAUUCCUCUUUCGGGAACCUGCUGAAGCAAGGACGGGCAAAGCUGGAUUUCGUGCAGGAGGCCAACCGUGAACUCUGGCUUGUUGGCUGGCGGUAUAUUGCGAAUCUGGGUAUGAAGGGCACGUGGCGGACGGCGUAUGAGUGGGCCAAGUUGCUUCUGAGCCUCAAUGACAGUGAUCCGUACUGCAUGCGCCUGCUGAUCGAUCACUUGGCCCUUCGUGGCCGAGAGUACUCCCACUUUGUGGAGCUAUGCACACAGACUCGGCUGAGCAAGGAGUGGGGGACUCUUCCCAACAUUCAAUGCUCGCUCGCCCUGGCAUACCUGCGACUAAACAAACCGAAGGAGUGCCGCGACCAGCUCCGCCGAGCCAUGUCCCGCUACCCAUGGGUAUUCUGCAAGCUCGCGCAGGAAUUGGACAUUCAGCCCAUGCCCAAGCGCAUCUGGGGCAAGAUGCCGCCUACCACUGCCCACGAAAUGCUCACCGAACUUUACAUCUCUCGGGCCAAGGAUCUCUGGAACACUCCGGAAGCGGUCUCCUUGAUCGUGGAAGUGGCCGACACUCUGUCGGAUGAAGAGGAGCCGGUCGAACCGCCGGCAAUCACGCUGGACAUUGCACGCCACGUCGUGCUUUCGGAUAUCCCUAAGGUCACGACUUUUCUUCCGGGACGGUUCAUCUCUGGCAGGAUUUCGGCGUCUGACCCUCUUCCGCCGCAUGAGUCGGAGGCGCAUCGCCAACAGUCCGAUCCCACUCCGUCUUACCUGGCACAAUCCCCGGCUGCGAACCGACCUCAGUGGCUUCGGGAUCUUUUAGACCAGCUCAACAACGGCGGGAUUCAAUUCCCCGGGUUCAACCGUGAUGGCGACGCUGGCGACGAGGUCAUUGGGGACGAGGACGCAUCGGGCGGCGGCGGCGAGACGACCAAUGCACGUGGGCCCCCAGGCGCGGACCAGCAACCACAGCUGGAGCAGUGGCUGUUGGGCGACGGCAUGCAUGCGCUUCAGGCUUUCCUGCAGCAGUACGGUGUGGACCGAGGAAACUGGGGGGACGUCGUCGACUAUUCCCCUCUGACCGAGUAUGUGGAUGGGUUGGACUCUAUUCAGCCCGAGUCGGCACGCGAAACCUUAUUGGCAGGCCCUAUUCGCGAGGCGAUGGGUGAGCUGACGGCUGUCAUGCUGGAGGAUGAAUUGCAGCUGUUUCGGUACGGUGAAGAGGAGGAUGUUUGAUACCCUGAUGGCUACUUGAGUUUUAUGUGUAGGCUAUCAUGACUAGUAUUUAUGAAUUAGAGGGUAAGGCCAGAAGGUUGUGGUGUCAGCGACUAUUGAUCGAGCGUGAAUUAAGUAGGGGUGAUGUAGACCGGCAUUAAGCGAGGAUGAAUGUAGAUCUACAUCACCGAAAAUAUAUUGAUUG